AAAAUUGUAAACUAUAGUCUUCAUUCUUCAAGUUAAAGAAAACAUUACACUAUAGUGGGCUUAUAUUAUGUUCUAAAUAUUAACUGUUUUAAUUGUGCAUUUUGUUUAUAUGCUUACGUCGUUACGAAUAGCAUAAGAAGCUAACUUAGAAGUUAAAACCAUGUCUAGUGCAGACCGCAUUGAUUUUGAAAUGGAGGUAGAAGUAGAAAGUGCUUCAUCAGGACCGCCAGUUGAUUUGCCAAAUCCCACGUCUCCCGCACCAUCAGCUGCUGGUAAUCCUAAAAGUGUCGUAGUAACUACCGCUACCUCUGGCUCCGUAACUGUCUCUCUUCAUCCAUUAGUUAUUAUGAAUGUUUCUGAACACUGGACUAGGUUGAGAGCUCAAGAGGGUUCUCCACAAACUGUAAUUGGAGCUCUAAUAGGCAAACAAAAGGGUCGGAACAUUGAAGUCAUGAACUCAUUUGAAUUAGUUUUUAGUGUCAUUGAUGGUGAUAUAAUUAUAGAUAGAGAUUACUAUAAUUUAAAGGAAGAACAAUUUAAGCAAGUAUUCUCAGACAUGGACUUUCUGGGCUGGUAUACUACUGGAGACACUCCAACAGAGAAGGAUAUAGCUGUCCACCGACAGAUUUGUGAUAUAAAUGAAUGUCCAGUGAUGUUGAUGCUCAAUCCAGCGGGCAGGAAGGGUGAUCAAUUGCCAGUAGUGUUGUACGAGUCAGUAAUAGAUGUGGUAAAUGGACGGGCUACUAUGCUUCUUGCACCUCUAACAUAUACUUUGGCUGCUGAAGAAGCCGAAAGGAUUGGUGUUGAUCAUGUAGCAAGAGUGUCAUCUGGUGAAGCGGCACUUAAUAGCUUGGUUGCGGAGCAUCUGACAGCUCAAAGAUCAGCUAUAAAAAUGUUGGUUUCCCGAGUGCGUGCGGUGCUCGCGACCGUGCGGGCUAUCCGCGACGGCGCGCUGCCGCCGCGUCCGACGCUACUUAGAGAAGCGAGAGCGCUUUCUAACAGACUUCCAUUACUGACUUCUCAGCAAUUCCGUACGCACUUCUAUAAUCAAUGCAAUGAUGUGGCGCUUAUGACUUACCUGGGUACGAUCACGAAGGGCUGUAACGCGAUCAACCAACUCGUGAACAGAUUCAAUGUUCUGUACGACAGGCAGGGCAUGGGACGUCGCAUGAGGGGACUUUUCUUUUAGGGCGGACGUUAAUAUUAAACGUAAAGAAGUUAAAAUAGGCUGUGUGUUAUAGGAUGUUUGGAAGAUUACAUUGGUUUCAAUUGUCUACAGAUAUUUUAAAUUUGGUAACAUUUGUUGAAAAUAUUUUUCCAUUAUUCUAUUCCUCACUCAUCAGCCGUGUCACCUACAAGAUUACAAAAUAUUAACAUUUGCACCUAAAGAACUCCUUGCUAUAGAAUUAACUAUUUCGAGUGAUUUUUGUGUUUUAUUUCAGUAAAUUUAUAAAAAAAAUGCCUGUAAUGUAAAGCGAAUGUAAUAAAUAAAUUAUGUAAUACAAAAAAGUCUCGCAAUAGAAUUAGUUAAUUU